GAUUUUUAGGCAUAGAAGUUAGAACUUAGAAGCUUGUGGCACCCAUCAUCCCAUGCUUGUUCAGUAUUAAUUGAGCAGACGUCACACGAAGGUUUUCCAAUCAAGGAGAGGUGCUUUACACAGAGAUGCUUCUUUCGAACCAAACCAAAACAAACCUAACCUUACCUGACCUAUGACAUGCAACCUACAAACCUACAGUGCCUCACUGGUUAAAAAACUUUUGUGUGACGGCUGUUCUACUAAUUCUACUUGUUCUUGCUGUCGGGCUCAGUGAUGGGGGGCGCCACGCGCCUGUCAGGCCUGGCCUGGCUUCUGCUGCUGGCUGCGCUGCUGGCCGCUGGUCUGGCGCAGCGGCCGGGCACGGAGGAGCUGCGCCAGCAGUUCGGCUCCGGUGCUGAGGAGGCGGACGAGUCGGAGGACGCCGCUCCGCCGGCGGCCGCUCCCUCGUCCGCCGGUGGUAUGGUGCUGGUCCGCUCGGAGCUGACUGUUGUGGACGAGGCGGAGCCGGCCGGCGCGCGGUCCAAGGGAGCGGAGGGAGCGCCUCCUGCGCCGGAGACCGCUGAGCGGGCGGCGCGCGGCUCGCCGGGACGCCAGCCGGCCGGUGGUCAGUCUCCGGAGUCGCCGGAGCCGCUGGGUACCGGCACCGUCACGCGGCUGCCGCCUCCCGAGCAGCAGGGCCCGGCCGACGCCAUACGGGAGGUGGAGGCGCCCGAUCUCUCUGGCCAGGAACCGCUGCUCAAGAGCAUCGGAGACAGCUACUUCAAACCGAGCAGUCCACCCAGCGACGCCGGCAAGGAUGACGAGACCAUGACAGAGCAGGAAAGGCAAGCGGAGGAGCUGUACACCACUGGCGAGAAGCUGCUGUCGCGCUCGCGGCCGGACCGAGCACGCAGUUAUCAGCUGCUGGAGGAGGCAGCGCGGCUGGGGCACACGGCGGCAGCCGUACGGCUGGCCUGGGCGCGCCUGCUCGGCUCCCACCUACCGCAGGACGUGACCACCGCCAAAGAGACGUUCGAGCGACUCUCAGCCCGUGGAAACCCCGAGGCGCAGAUGGCGAUGGGUUUCAUGUACGCGCUGGGUCUGGGCGUCAGCUCGAGCCAGGCCAAAGCGCUGCUGCACUACACGUUCGCCGCACUGGGCGGCAGUUCAUGGGGUCAGAUGGCGCUGGCUUACCGCCAGUUUUACGGCAUCAACACGGCCUCCAGCUGCGAGGCGGCGCUCACUCACUACCGCAAGGUCUGCGGCUCAGUGGCGGACCAGGUGUCGCUGUCGGGCGGCAGCACCGUGUCUCGUGUGCGGCUCUAUGACGAGGCAGAGAGCACCGGCUCGUCCAGUUCCACCCUGGAUGAGGACCUGAUCCAGUACUACCAGUUCCUGGCUGACAAGGGAGACGUCCAGGCACAGGUGGGCCUGGGCCAGCUGCACUACCAGGGCGGCCGGGGUGUCGAGAGGGACCACCAGCGGGCCUACGAGUACUUCGUGCAGGCCGCUGACGCCGGCAACCCCAACGCCAUGGCCUUCCUCGGAAAGAUGUACCUCGAGGGUAACGACGUGGUGCAGCAGGACAACACCACGGCACUCAAAUACUUCGAGCGCGCCGCCGAGCUCGGCAACCCGGUGGGACAGAGCGGUCUCGGCUUCAUGUACCUCUACGGCAAGGGCGUGCCGCAGGACUUCAAGCGCGCCGUCAAGUACUUUGCGCUGUCUGCCGACCAGGGCUGGGUGGACGGACAGCUGCAGCUCGGAAACAUGUUCUUCAACGGCCAGGGGGUGUCACGCGACUUCAAGAUGGCCAUCAAGUACUUCAACCUGGCGUCUCAGGGCGGCCACGUGCUCGCCAUAUAUAACCUGGCUCAGAUGCACGCGUCGGGUGCCGGCGUGGUACGCGCCUGCCAGACCGCCGUCGAGCUGUACAAGAACGUGGCCGAGCGCGGCCGCUGGGCAGAGCUGUUUAUGGAGGCCCACGCCGACUACAAGGCGUAUCGCUACUCGGCGGCGCUCACCAAGUACUACCUGCUCUCCGAGCUGGGAUACGAAACGGCGCAGAGCAAUGUCGCCUUCCUGCUCGACAAGGGUGUGACGAGCGGCCUGUUCCCCGAAGAAGAGCGCUACACCCGCGCCCUGAUCAGCUGGGGCCGCGCGGCCUCACAGGGAUACGGCGUUGCACGCGUCAAACUCGGCGACUAUCACUAUUACGGAUAUGGGACCCCAGUCGACUACGAGGCGGCUGCCGACCACUACCGGAUGGCGUCCGAGCAGCAGCAGAACGCGCAGGCCAUGUUCAACCUGGGCUACAUGCACGAGCAGGGUCUCGGCAUCCAGCGGGACAUCCACCUGGCGAAGCGUUUCUACGAUAUGGCCGCCGAGACGAGUCCGGACGCCCAGGUGCCCGUGGCGCUGGCCAUGACCAAGCUGGGCGCCAUCUUCUUGGUCCGGUUCCUAGACGAGUCGGAUUGGAGCGACUACCUGCCUCUGUCGGCGCUGAACAGGCUCCUCGGCCCCGACUGGGACAUCUACCUGAUGACGGUGCUGGCCGUGCUGCUGGCGUUAGUUGUAUUCUUCCGGAGGCCGCGGUGAUCGGACUGUCGCUGCCAGCCGCUGUCCUUCUCUCUGUGUGGGAGUGAAUAUUAUACGGAGGGACGGCCGGCGAACACCGAGAGACUUUUGGGCUAUGUGGGGAAGGAAAAACUGAGGGAGAGACAACGAAAGGUCUUCAUGACUGAGUGUGGGCACCAAGUCGACCGCGAUAUGGCAAGUAUGAGCCCUGAUGAUUCGGAGUGAGCAGAGUAAAGGCCCCAGUGAUUGUAGUGUCCGGAGUUAUACUCCAGUGACCGGAGUUAGGGACUGCUGACCGGAGUUAGGACUUAGGACCCCUGACCGGAUAUGGGUCUCGGUGUUGGAGUGUGCGGGGAGUGUAGGUGUCUGGUGAGUGGUGAGCGGCCGCGGACGCCACGAGUCACGCCGCGUUCGUGUCAACCUGUGAGGGUGUCUACGUUCAGGUCAGGCAGCGCGAUCGGCUGCGCCCCUAUAGCUAUUUAUUCCUGUGAUACUUGGUGACAGCCUGGCGUCUGCCUCUGGGCGCCGGGAGGACACCUUGCACCUGGUUUUCGGUCGGUCGGCCGAUUGGGGCGGUCGCCCGGGAAAGCCCGAGGAGACCGCUCUCCGCACCGGCCGGCCUCUCUGGGGCGGGGUUUGGAUCGACAGCCGCCCGGGCGGUCCGUGUGUGCGGUGAUGGCGCGCAGCACGGGUUCAGUGUCGGUGCACGUUCGCAAUAAACCGCGCCAGGCCUC